CCGUCCGUCGGUCCGUGAGGGUCCGGGGAUGGCCGCCGUGUCGGAGGCCGGCACGGACCUGUUCGCCGAGGGGCUGCUGGAGUUCCUGCGGCCGGCCGUGCAGCAGCUCGACUCGCACGUGCACGCCGUCAGAGAAAGCCAGGUGGAACUGCGGGAGCAGAUCGACAACCUGGCCACAGAGCUGUGCCGCAUCAAUGAGGACCAGAAGGUGGCCCUGGAUCUGGAUCCCUACGUGAAGAAGCUGCUGAACGCGCGGCGGAGGGUGGUCCUGGUCAACAACAUCCUGCAGAACGCUCAGGAGCGGCUGCGGCGGCUGAACCACAGCGUGGCCAAGGAGACGGCGCGGCGCCGGGCCCUGCUGGACGUGGGCUCCUACCCCCCCGGCUCCCCCGGCAAAUGAGGCGUCCUCUGACCCGCCCCUGCCCGCUUUGGGGGGCAGCGGCGG